AUGGACGACUACACACGAAACGGCAUCAUUAAUGAUGGUAUGUUAACUUCGGCAUCGCCUUAUCACGAUCAGCCACUAACCCCAGUGAGUAAAAGAGACAGAAAGCGGCAUCAGAUUGGUACCCGGCUCAGCAAACUAGAAGCCACAUUCAGCGAGGAGAGAAAUGAAUACUACCGUAUCAUGGUUCACGAUAUUCAAAACAAUCUCACCGGCCUCCAACAGGGUACCAAUGAGGAAUACCUUGGAAAGCGUAAGGUGCUAGAGCAGAGGCGAGACUAUGAGCUCACCAGGUUACGCCUCUGGGAGGAGUACCAGGUCAAGCGAGUAGACACAGAGUACAAGAAAGACAUCGCCAAGGCCAAGGAGAAUUACGAUACGAUGAUCAAGCUUUUGAAGGAGAAGUUCUUCGACAAGCUUCAGAAACAGGUGAAGCAGCUAAAAGAAGACAAGCUUCUUCUCAAUCUUGUGAAUGCUAGUCUGUGGAGCACACAAGGCGGAAAUGAUCAGAACAUAUCGGCUCUUAGCGCUGCAGCUGCUUCUUCGUCACUCAGCAUCAACGACCGCCGGUCCCUUCGAAAGCGUGAGUUUCUGUCCCGCUUCACUUCUGGAGAAGCAGAUGACCUUUCAGACUCAGGAUUUGGCACCUCGAACGGCAAUGGUUUCCUUCGAAACUCGGGCUCUGGAGCAGGCUCCGCGGGCUACUCCUCGUCUUCCAACAAGCGCAGAAGACACUAUGCCACGCGAUACUCCUCCAACGACGAGAUGUCAUCAGGAAUCACCAGCACAGGAAACGGCCAGGGCCACUCCUUGAAGCAUGUCAGCAAUAAUGGCGCCAGCAGCGGCAACGACAGUAAUCUCAGUGACAAGGACUACGACGAGCUCAACAGCUUAAUCAUGAACAACGAAGAGGGCGGAGCCACUAAUAUUUUGGCUCGAAGCACGAGUAAGCAGACUGGUAGGGCCAACACCAGAGGUCUGACCAAGCAGUUUGUGGGUGUGCAAGGGUUGAAGGUCGAAGAACUCAACGAGGACUUGACGCUUCUUCGGAACGCCAUCAGCGUGAAAAGAGAAAAUAAGUAG